AACUCGAACAUUGUGACUGUGGCCCUUCUCUCUCUCUCUCUGACUUGAAACGAAAACAUGGCGACUCGAAGAUCCCUGCCUGCCCUCGCGAUCUUGUCUCUCGUACUCUUCCACGCUGUCCUCGCCUCUCACGCCGCUUCCGCUGGCAAGGGAGGCGCCGAUCUGGACCACGAUGAGGAGGACCUCAGCUUCCUCGAGGAGGAGGACGACGGAUCCGCCGCCGCCCAUCCCGACAAUGCCUUCGAACACCACUCCGAUGAGUCGUAUUCGGAGACGGAAGACGAAGUCGAGUACGAUGAGAACUAUACGGACGAAGGCUUUGACGAAGCCGACCACGGAACUCACGAAUCCACGCCCGCGAUCGACGAGACCGACGUUGUGGUGCUCUCUGAUGGCAACUUCAGCGACUUCGUGUCCAAGCACAGACAUGUGAUGGUGGAGUUCUACGCGCCGUGGUGCGGGCACUGCAAAGCCCUCUCUCCGGAGUACGCCGCGGCGGCCACGGCGUUACGCGAGGAGGACGUGGUUCUCGCCAAGGUUGACGCCACGGAGGAGAACGAGCUUGCGCAGCGCUUUGAUGUUCAGGGUUUUCCCACCGUGAUUUUCCUCAUCGACGGCGUCCACAAGGACUACACCGGACAGAGAAAUAAGGACGCAAUUAUCACCUGGAUCAAGAAGAAGAUCGGGCCAGGAGUCCAAAAUAUAACUACCAUUGAGGAGGCAGAAAAGAUCCUGACUUCUGAAGACAAAGUUGUCUUGGGCUUUAUUGACACGUUGGUGGGCACUGAAAGUGAGGUGCUUUCUGCUGCUUCAAAACUGGAAGAUGGUGUCAACUUUUACCAAACUUCCAAUCCUGAUAUUGCAAAGCUUUUUCACAUUGAUCCCAAUGCUAAACGUCCUUCUUUGGUAUUAUUGAAAAAGGAGGAAGAAAAGAUAUCCUACUAUGAUGGUGAAUUCGGUAAGUCAGAAAUUGUUGAUUUUGUAUUUUCCAACAAGCUUCCAUUGGUGACUACCUUUACAAGGGACUCUGCUCCAGAAAUUUUUGAAAAUCCUAUCAAAAAACAGCUUUUGCUUUUCGCUACUUCAAAUGAUACUAAGAAAGUCAUGCCAGCAUUUGAGGGGGCUGCAAAAUUCUUCAAGGGAAAGCUCAUCUUCGUAUAUGUGGAGAUGGAUAAUGAGGAUGUUGGCAAACCAGUGUCAGAAUACUUUGGCGUGGCUGAAUCUCCAAAGGUUUUGGGAUACACAGGAAAUGAAGAUGCUAAGAAGUUUGUCCUUGAUGGUGAAAUCAACAUUGAUAAUGUGAAGAAAUUUGCCGAGGAUUUUGUGGAAGACAGCCUUAAGCCCUUUUACAAGUCUGACCCAAUACCCCUGACUAAUGAUGGAGAUGUGAAAAUUGUUGUUGGAAAUAACUUUGAUGACAUUGUAUUGGAUGAAUCCAAGGAUGUUCUUCUCGAGAUCUAUGCACCUUGGUGUGGACAUUGCCAAGCACUAGAACCAACAUAUAACAAGCUUGCCAAGCAUGUCCGGGGCAUUAAAUCUCUAGUGAUAGCGAAGAUGGAUGGUACCACAAAUGAGCACCCUCGAGCCAAGAGUGAUGGCUUCCCAACACUCCUCUUCUUCCCAGCAGGAAACAAGAGUUUUGAACCUAUCACAGUGGACACAGAUAGAACACUCAAGGCGUUGUAUAAGUUCAUCAAGAAGCAUGCAGCAAUCCCAUUUAAGCUCCAGAGGCCAGCAUCAGCUGCAAAAGAAGACGCAUCAGCAAUAAUAGAAGAAACCCCAAUGCCAACAACUGAGAAGAGUGCCACUACUGAUGUGAAAGAUGAACUAUAGAUCUCUGAAGGUGUAACAUUGAUGCUGUAGCAAUCCAUCUUAGUAACUUAGUCCUGCAGAUCCUUUGUGAACCCUAUUAACUUCCUAGUCUUGGUAGUCUUUGAUCGGAGGAAUAAGCAAAUUCCAGAUGCGCUCUAGAGAAAUAGAUGAUUUACCAAAACCAAUUUGCCUUUUGUGCGGAAGUAUCUCAAUCAUUAGCUGUGUUAUUGCACUUUGAUUUACACCUGUCCGUUUACUAAUUAAAGAACUUGGCGAUUUGUUUAGUUGAUA